AUGGUUAUUGACGAAUGCUGGGAAUUAGCGAGCUCGAAGGAAGCCAUACCUGAGCUUGAAAUUGUGAGCAUUGGCUCGGCGUUGGUUGUGGUCGAGUUCGGCGGGCCUUGGAUGAGGUUUCGAUCGAGAACUCCUAGGAGGCGACCGUUGCAUGCGAUCCAGGAUCCUCUUGGAAAUGGGUUGGCAGCUGUUCGCAUCCAGCCGGCUAACGACUUCCACGGUUGUUGUUCAACGGGAAAGACGAAGGACAGCAGCGUGACGGCAACUAUCCAGGGCAGGCAAGCGAAUCUGUCUUCUGCGCAUGACGAUGGGCCUCAUGGGAGCCCACAGCGGCACAUUCACAGAGACGGAGGGUCAGCGGACGAAGUCGGUCCGGGCGGACAAAUGCAGCUCGAGCUCGGUCGUUACGCAACGUAUGUCGAUGUCGCCUUGGGUCUUACGAGGCACUGGGCCCUGAACAAGCUCCAGUCGCUGGCGCUAUUACUACCAGCAGCGUUCCUUGACGACCGCGGCACGCGGCUGCAAGAAGAGGGGGGCCGGCAGCACUUCCAGUACGUCGGCGGCGAGGACAGCACGGGCAAACCUCGCGCCAUUCAUGCAAUUCACGAUAUGUUCCGGUUGAAGGAUGGUCUCCACACCCUGUUCUUGACGGGCGCCAGCGGCAACGCGGCGGCGCUGAUCGGCGGGGUGACGCUGCACUCGGCGGCGAACAUUGGAUUCGAGGGCAAGAACGAGGUGUCAAGGAACGUUUCGGAAGAAGAGAAGCUGCGUUGGAAAAAUAUGGUCAUGUUGAUCGUCGACGAGAUCAGCCAGGUGGGCGGACUCACGCUCGCGGCGGUAGACAACCGUCUGCGGCAGUACAGGGAAGACCAGUAUCGCCCGUUUGGCGGGAUCCCAAUGGUCUUGUUCUUCGGCGACUUCUUCCAAUUCGAUCCCGUUCUGCAGACCAGCCUCCUCUUGCCAAUGCCUAGGGACCGCGGCGGACAGAGACCAGAGGGGGCUGCAAGGCACCUAGCUGCGCACAAGCUGUUCCUCCAGUUCACGGCCGUCGUCAUCCUCCGCGAACAGGUCCGCGCGGCCGGUUGUCCAAGGCUGCGGGGCUUCCUCCGGCGCCUGCGCAUUGGCGAUCAGACCGAGCAGGACUUCCAGCGGCUGAGCCAACGCCUCUAUACACCGUCGUGCAAGUCCUCCUUCGUAGAUGGACUGAGAGCCAUCACGCCCUUGAAUCAAGACCGGUGGGACCUGAACAUGGCUGCCGCCGUCCAGUGGGCUCGUGCCCACGGCAAACACAUCUCUAUCUUUGUGGCUAAGCAUGACACUGAGUCCAGGAAGCGAUUGAGUACGGAAGAACUAUGCCACGUGCUCCGCUACGGAGACGACUCGCAGCUGCCGACCCCCGGCCUCUUCUUCUACGCCCAAGGCAUGCCGGUCGUGGUGACUCGCAACCAGUUUGUCGGGCUGAAGGUGGUCAACGGGGCGCCUUUCAAGGCCGUCGACAUCUUCCCCGACCUCGCACCGGCACCAUCGCCCUCGCAACGACUGAAUGGCACCAUCCUGAUCAAGAGCAAGACGGUCGCCAUCCCGAGCCAAAUGCGGGGCAAAGAAAGCAGAUGGAGGGGCAAGCCGGGCUUUCGGUGGGUUACCCACAGAACUGGACCUCUUUGCACCCCGACCUUCGCUAUGACAGAUCAGAAGAGCCAGGGCAAGCAGUUCUCGGACGUGCUCGUCAACCUCAAAGGCGUCCACUCCAGCGGUACGGCGACUCGACCCAGCUUCAUGAGCUUGUACGUGCAGCUGUCGAGGGCGCAGAGUUGGGACGGGCUGCAUCUGUUUCGGAAACCGGCGCGUGGCGACUUUAUCGAGCCCAAGAAUGUGCUCGACAAAGACAUGAGGGACGCCAUCCUCAAGCUGGAACGACGGGGCGAGGAGACCAGACGGCGGUUCGAGCAAGACCACAGGCACGAGCCGUGGUUUCAAGAAUGGGCUGCCAUGCCUGAAUCUGGCCAGGGUACUGAAACCGAUGACGUAGAGGACGCGGCGCUCUGGCGAGACCCUGGGGUUUCCGAGCUCAGAUCGUAG